GCCGUGCGUGCGCACUUCUACCGUGGUUGGGGCGCUCGGGGCUCGCGGCUGCACCAUGGACAUUAACCAGCCCAAGCAGGAGCACCUGCUGGCCCUGAAAGGUCCCGUUUCCCACUGAUCUUUGCAGCAUGGGGCAAGGAAAUUCUUGUAAAUAAGAUGUUUCAAUCUAGACUUAUGAAUCCUCAUCAAGAGACUAUUCUUGUAACUAAGAAUAACUGGAUUGCUACUGCACAAGCAUGGAAGUGGUCUUACAUUAUCGACCACAUCAGAGAGAUCUGACAGAACUGCACAAAUUUGCAGAAGCGGCAGUGAAGGAGCUUCCCAUUCGUCAGUUACCAAGAUUCACACCCUGGUUUCCAAAUGAUUUGUACAGACUUCCGCUCAAACCCAAAAAGCAACCACCUGUUAUUUCUUCUGAAGAAGCAGAAGAAUUGAAACAACUUACUACACCUUCAGAAUGUAUUGUAGAAUCUCCUAGUUAUGACUGCACAAAAAAUCUCCUUGAAUUUCGGUCUGAUAUGAAUCACGGGCAGACUUUAACCCACACACAAAAUGGCCGCAGGCAAAUUAACUUGGAAAAUCAAGGAGAACCACCAUCUAAUGAGAAACAGAAAUUGAAAAGGUCUUGGAGUGUCUCUCUCUGUAGCCCUAAGCUUAAAGAAAAGAUUCUUCCUCUAUCUCAAGAACUUCAAAACAAUUUGGAAAGACUUAAAUUGCAUGCAUUUUAUAGAGCAAAGUGGACAAUUGAGCAGUCUAAUUGUAAUAACCAGAACUUGGAGGACAUCUGGAUAAAAUUAAAUAGACUGAUCAAGCAGAACGAAUUGCCAUCUUGCAAUGCUACUAUCCAAAGAUCUUUGGGACAGAUAUGGAUUUUCUGUGAUAUACUAUACUGUGAAUAUAUUAGAAAUAUUCUUAGGGAAAAGCUGAGCCUUACUGAUAAAAUGAAUUUGCUUGUACAUAAAUUUGGAAUUAUAUUUAGUUUGUGAUUGUAACAUAGUUUUGUAACAAUAUUGUUGUCUGAAGUAGUUUCUAGUUAGCUUAGUUUUUAAGGAGCUUAAAAUACACAAACUUCAGAACAGCUGAUGAAUUAAUUAAGAGAAAAUAACUGUUACUUUACUACAGUUUUCAAGUUGUAGUAGUGUAUUUAAGUUUAUUUUGUUGGGAAAAUCGUGAAUGGGUCAAUGAAGAUUAAUACAUUUGCCUCUCGCAUUCACCUGCAACAUGCAUUUGUUUGAUUUGGUACAGUAUUCUGUGUUUUUUCUCUCGUCCUUUGUCUAAAGGAAAAAAUAAUACUUCUGCACUUAAUUUCUCCAGGAUAUUCCCUUUGGAAUUUUGCUUGUUUUUCUUCAUAUGAUAAUGUUUGAAUAAUAAUAGUUUAUUGUGGACAUUGCAUACCUCUUUGUAGUUUAAAACAAAGGAUAUUGAACAUUGACAUGCAUUUUUAAACUUUGGCUGAAAGCUGAAUGUUCUGUAUUAUUAUUUGGUGUAUUUGUGGGAUUUAAUAUUACUGCUUAGCAAAACUGAUAUGACAGAUAACUAGUUGUUGCUAUUAGUAGUAGAGCUUAUGUAGCCAAUUUACAUCAGUGAAAUUACUUCUCUGAUCUUAAAGAUAAUAGUAAUGAAGUUACUUUGUACUGUCAGAAUUUUUAGAGAUACAAUGUAGUAAGAUGCAGAAUGUUUUAUUAAGUGUUAGAAUCUGAGGAAAAAAGCAAGAGAUAAUCUGUAAUACUACAAGAACAGAAUACUUUAGUAGUCUCAUUAAAUACAAUAAUCUACGUA